AAGUAAAACUUUAUAAAAAGGACAUGAAAGUUUUUAUUGCAAAAAACUGGUUGUUGGCGAGUGGAACUUUAUGGUUUUUAUUACUUUUCAAGUUGUUGUGGUAUAAGACAAAAGCUUGGUCAACUGUUCAAUGUAAGCAGGAAACAUUACAGAAUAUUGAACAUUACCAUCAACAAUACCAUAAUGAUGAUAAAGCUCAUAAUGUAAGCAGUAAAGGAACACUGCUAUCACGCAGCAAGCGUUUCAUAUCCUUUCCAUUGGGCUCGUCAUUUUCAACGUCUAUUUGUAUGACAACUGGUGUCAUUGGCAACCCGAAUCAAAGUUAUUUGAGUAUGGGCUUGAAUUGGGGCAUUGCCUAUGAUUUGCCAAAUAUUACAUGGGUGCUAGCACAUGCCCAUGGCUUUAAGGCAUCCACCAGGCAGCAAACGAAUAUGAUGGAUGUCCAAAUUAAAAGACGACACAGACGCGCACUUUACAACAAAUUGGAAGUUGCCAUCAGUAGAACAAAGAACGCUUACGUAGUCGAAUCCUCACUGUUAGACCCGUCGUUAAAAAAUACAACAUUAACCGGCAGAACAGCGCCGCAUUUAUCAUCAUUAUCGUCGUCACCAUCAUCACCACUCUUAACAACGUUAACGCAGCGACAACAAGCACAAGAACAUUUACUUUCACGUCCGAAACGUUAUCUUUCCUUUCCGGAAGGAUCCUCAUUUUCGGUGGCUGUAUGUUUUACGGUUGGCAUUAUUGGCAAUCCUAGAUUUGAUUACAUGAGUUUCGGUUUGAAUUGGGGCGUAGCUUAUGAUCUUCCUAAUACUACGUGGAUUUUAAAUCAUUUACGUGGCUUCGGCAAACAUCCUGCACCCCUAGCUACUUGGCAUCGUCGUAAUCGUCGCAAUUUAUAUAAGGAAAUAGAAAUCGUAAUGGACAAUAUGGGCUAUAAUGGUCGUGAUUGUGUACUGAGAGCUUUGUGUGAGAGUCGUCAAUAUUUUCGGCAACAGAAGAUGAGUAUGAUUGGUGAAAUGUUAAGGACAAUAUUCAGUUUACCUAAGCAAAGAAUUUUCACGAGAGAAUUAGACGAACACUCAGAUAUUGUACUCUAUGAUCACGCUUAUCGCGAGGCACAUUCAGUAACCAGAUGCGAAGAACAAUAUCAUCGAUGUGGUUUCUCUUUACUCGAAUUAGCAUUCGGUAGAUAUUCGAAAGCACCUAAAGGAUAUUAA